AUGGGCGGACUUUGCGAUGAGCACACUCCGACCCACUGCCACCGCCCCCGCCGCCUACCCUCCAGCACCAAUCCGCCCUCGCCGAUGUGCCCGUCGUCGUCACAGCCGGUGCCCGCCACCAGUACCUCUACCACACCCUCAAUACCCUCCUCACUGCCCCCGGGGCACAACCGUCUUCCAGCUGGUGGCUCGCACCUUUCCCCGACGCCCCUCCCAGUCAUUUUCCUGGACGAGGACGUCGAGGUCUCCCCAGACUUCUUCUCCUUCAUGAGCCAGACUCUGUGGCUGCUCCGCGAGGACCCCACACUCUACUGCAUCAACGGUUUUUCUAUAUCAGGAUAUGAAGGUCGAGCAUUUGAAAGUUCCCUACUACUUCGAGGAUCUGUUCAGGUUCAAUGGGGCUAUGCAGUUUCGCUUGAUUUUAUUAGAGAAGCACUUGCAUCCUGGGAGCAUGCCACAUUAAACAUCAUGCUCUAUGACUUUUGGCUUUACACGAACAUUCGUAGACAUCGUGAAUGCGUGUUCCCUGAGGUGAGUCGGACGCGGCACUUCGGAAUGGGUACCAACACUGUCCCUUACCUUAAGGAACCAGUUAUAAGAAUGCCCCUUCAGCGCGAGGCUCCAAUCAUCCUUCGCGGGGUCUCUACGUUAAAACUUCCUUCUUGGCAACAAUAUAUAAGCCAAGAAAUCAAGGAUGCCACGGUGCUCACGGGCAACCCCUGUCGCGAUGACUUCCUCCCUUCGCCGCCCACCGCCCGCUCUUAUGUCUUCUACUAUCGCCUGAACGCUUUACCGGGAGCGGGGAGCAUGCCGGAUUACGUUCAAUACCACCAAGUGGUCCAAUGUUUUGGACUGUGGUCCCUCUCUGAGCAAGGUCAUCAUCUCGGUGUCAGCGUGGUACGAUUUUCCCUGAACUCGACGCUGUAUCUGGUUGGCAUUCCCUAUUCAUUCUAUUCCUUUGUACGUCAGCCAGGUAGUACACCUUGGAAUGUCGACGCUCUCGCCGCUCGUCAAGUUGACCUGAUGAGUCACUACAGUCAUAAAAAAUAUUACGCAGGAAUGCAUAUCCCUAACAUGAAUGUAACUGGAGAUUAUAUCGUCAAUGCCAUCAUACUUGAAUAA